UUUUCAUCACGUACGCACUGGAUUGGUUUAUCGCAUAUUGUUGUGCGUAUUCGAGUGGGGAGGUCUUUUCUGUAUUUGUUUACAAAAAUCUACUGCGCAUUGAAUUGUUUUCUUCUAGUGAUCACUACUAAAUUGUUGAUAAGAUAUUCAAUUUUUAAGUAAAGCUAAAAAUACAACUGGCUUAAUUCGUUUCAUUCUUCAAAUUUCUUGAGAUCCAUUAUUUUACAAUGGACAAAGAAAUUGAAGUUGAUAGUGCCCAUGCUGAAAUGAAUGGCGCAUCGCCUGAUGUUUCUUUGGGUCCUAAAUCUGAACUUUCUAAAAGCGAAGAAAAUUUGUCAAGUGCUCCUGUUGACAAUCGUUUAAAAAAGAAAGCCAGACGCGCUUCAAAACAAUCUUCUCGGGAAGCAUUACCCACUGCUCAAGUUGUUGAAUCGACUAGAAGAUGGAAAAACACGAGGAGAUCAAGGAACAAGUAUGGAAGAGGAAUGCCGAAGAAAGGUGGCGCCGGCGGCAAGGGCGUAUGGGGCAAACCUGGCUCUGAAUUGUUCGAUAUGGGAGAGGAUUUGGACAUGAAUGAUCCCAACUACGAGAGUGAUCCUCUCGAGAAUGGUGAUGUCGAAUUCACUGCCAUCAUUCCCGAUGAUGAGUUGAGGAAACUGGGAGAAUCGAUCAUACUGGAGUACUUUGAGCACGGAGAUACCAGAGAAGCCGAGUUAGCUCUCAGUGAACUCAACUUCAAAACCAAGACUCAUUUGAUUCCAAUGCUUGUCAUAGAAAUCGCCAUGGAUCACAAGCCAUCACAUAGGGAAAUGGCAUCUGUACUUAUUUCAGAUAUGUACACUCAUUUAGUCAAGCCGAAAGAUUAUGUCACUGCCUUUGAUAAACUGCUGAAAAAUCUUCCGGAUCUGAUCCUGGACACUCCGGAUGCGCCAGUGGCCCUGGGCAACUUCUUGGCGCGCGCAAUCGCCGACGACUGCCUCCCACCAAAAGUCAUCGAAAUGUACAAAGCUAAAGCUGAUUCUCAGCAUGCUGUUGACGCUCUAGUUCGAGCGGAUACAUUGCUUUCGAUGAAGCACGGUCUGGUUAGGCUGGACAAUGUGUGGGGCGUCGGUGGGGGCCUCAGGCCUGUCAAGUACCUUAUUAGGCAGAUUCAUCUGCUGCUCGAAGAGUACAUAUCCUCACAAGACUUGAAAGAGGCGACUCGUUGUCUCUUUGAACUCGAAGUUCCUCACUUUCACCAUGAACUUGUCUAUGAGGCAAUCGUAAUGGUUUUGGAAGCCAUUAACAAUCAUGUUGAAGAGAAAAUGUGUAAGCUGUUGAAAUCACUGAGUGAUGCCAUUAUUAUCACACCGGAUAUGAUGGAACGUGGAUUCAUUCGUGUGUUCGAUGAUAUGCCGGACAUAAUAUUAGAUGUGCCAUUGGCGAGUACUGUUCUCGAGCGUUUUGUCGAGAGAUGCCAGAAAGCUGGCUUUUUACCCGACCAUGUUGUCCGUCGAAUGCCUACCAGAAGCCGCAAACGUUUUGUGUCGGAAGGCGAUGGCGGCUUGAUCAAAGACAACAACUAUCACUCCAGGGUGCCCCUAUAAGAAGGAUUGGAUGUAUCACCGAACAUAGGACACAGAAUAUUAGAAGAUGCUUCUCUAAAAAGCGGGUCAACUAUAGAAUUGUAUUGGAAGAUUGUACAGACAUGGCAUUGUUUUACUCUUAGAUGAUUCCGCAAUCAGCUGUUACUAUUAGCCGUAUUGUUAUGUACUAAUGGAGAAACAAGUUAUAAGGGAUGUAAGUAACUAUUAAUCAACCGUAAUAGUCGUUGGAACGUUGCAAAUUUGUUAUGAUGAAGUGCUUCUUUUAAUUAAUAUUUUCGUAUGCAUAAGUAUAAUGUAAAUAAGUUUCUAGAAUAAUAUUGAAUCACCAGUAUUUUCCUCAUUCAUCAAGUGGAUUAAUAAUUUAAUAGUAAUGUUAUUAUUCUUGUUAAUGAAGUAAAAUACGGCUGUUAAAUUACUCCUCCAUCUUUUAAACUUAAGCUGCCAGAAUGGUCAUUGAGCAUUAUAAUACUCACUUGAUCUUUGAUACUAUCAAAUUGAAGUAUUUAAUAUAUUCGGGUUAUAGUGUCUUAAGAUUAUUAAAGAUUAAGAGAAUCUAUCACUAAUUUAUGUAAUUUGAUGUGCUGCUUACCAUAAAUUAUUGGUAGUGUAAUGAUCUUUGCAAUUCAAACUCCUAUUAUUAGUGUAAUUGAAAAUUACACUCAUGCAAUAAUGAUUCUUUAUUAUUGGUAAACUCAAAUCCAAGUUGCCACUUGAUAUUAUUAAUUAUAACAUGUUAAUAAUUACGUAAUCGAAUUAUCCAAAGUAUUAAUUCCAAUGUAAUCGUCUUACAUUAUUAAGUGAUAUACGAUAACACCAAAUGGCAAGUCUUAAAACAAUUGACAAAGAUAAAAUGUAUGUAAUAAAGAAAUAUCUUCUGUCACAUCGUUGAAAUAAUUUUUAUUCGUUAUAGUUGGAAUGAAUUAUACUUAUCUGAAAAUUGUAGGCUAAUUGAUUAGAAAAUUGACGACAUCUGGAAACACGGUGAGCGUGACUUCGAUUUUACAGAAUCACGUAGAUGUGUUGAUCAUAUUAACAACAAUAAUAAGUGCUAUUCUUGAAGCAUUUCCACAUUGGACUAAUGAAUUAACUAUGUUGACUAGUGAAAUUUGAGGUGAAGACUGGCAGCACCUCAGCAUUACUGUAUCUGGAGCCAGCAUUUUUCAAUUAGAACAUUCCAUUGCUUGAGUUGCAAACAUACACUUUGAUUCUUGACAUUGAAGCAUUAGAUCCACGUAUGCAAUGUAUUUUGAGGUUUAUGGGACUAACAAGUUUUCUUCCAUUGUUGUUAUAACAAAAUUUUGAUGUAAUUCCUCUUCCAUUAUAAAAAUAAUAUUUAUUUCGAAACCACCUGUUGAUAAGUCUUAUCAAAUGAUGAUCACCUUACUUAUUAAUUUAUUGUCAUCUUCCGGUUAUUUUGACCAGUGCUUUAAUUUUGCAAAUUCUAUUACUUUAGCUUAAGUUAACAUUAUCUUGUCAAUGUUGUUUAUGACUUUCCCAAUUUAAGAUGUAUUUUGAACUUUAUGAAUAUUAAUACGUAAAUUGUAUUUGUUUUUCUCAUGACCAGUCUCAGUAAUAGAAGGAUCUGAAGUUUUUUAAAGCACAUAAUAUUGAAAACACAAAAAAAGUAUUGAUAAAAAUUAUGAAAAUGCAAUAAAAAUUCAAUGUAUUUAAUGCCAUAGUUUAAGUUUCUUCUAGUUUAUUUCCAAAAAUGCAAUUUUCUUCUGUUUCUCCUAGUACAUAAAUAUUAUGAAUUCAAUUUUCAAUUUGAUAAAUACACUAUUAUAAGUAUUA